AAACCUUUCCAAAAUUAAAAUAAUGAUGCCUAUAUGCUAGAUAAAGAAAGCACAAAUAUUGUUUCUCACACAAGUUUGUUGCCCACACAAACUUCCCUUAUUUACAUAUGAUUUAUAUGUUUGGUUGUAGGCCCACCACUUUCAACAACAUUUCUGAGUACUCUGUAGGUUUUCACACUUCCCGGGAAGUCUGACAAUAGGGAAUGCUCAGGUGUGCUAACUGCAUCUUGUGUUGCGUGGCGACUUCUCCUCAAAGUUGUAGCAGCUCAGCCAUUGUUGGUGGUGGCACUUCGGGAGUCUUGGUUCAUCUUAUCUCAGGAUCAAUCUCCUUGGAAGUCCCAAGUGAGAGCCGUUCUUCUCAACAGUGCUCUUGUUCUGGGAUGGAUGUGUAGUCCUAUGCAGUUUUCAAUGCGUAGACACAGUCUCAUGUAGCUGAAAGAGAAUAUUUGGGUUGAUGGAGCCAGACAUGGAUUAAACUAAGUACUGUGACACAACAUCUGUAAAGAAGAGAGGAGGAGAGACGUCAAGAGCAGAAACAUCUGUAAAUCUAUCUAUGGUUCCAUAAUCUGCAUAUUCAUACCGCGGGAACCACAGACUGUUUGUGGUUUGACAUAACAGACCAAACUCAUCAUAAUGGAACCUCUCUCACAACAAGAGUCCAUUCUAGAUUGUCAGAUCUUACAACAAGACUCCAUGUUAGAAUGUCAGAUCUGUUUCAACUAUUACAGUUCGUGGCGUAGGCCCAAGCUCCUGGACUGCCAGCACACCUGCUGCUCAGUGUGCUUGACCCAGAUGAGGAUGAGCCAGAGUGAGCUGCGCUGCCCCUGGUGUCGCUGUGUCACCACUCUGCCCCCAGGGGUCUCUGUCUCCCAACUCCUAGAUGACCCGGACACUAUGGCCAUCAUCUCUGUCCCAUACACACCUGUCUUCAUACGGCUGCCGUGUAACGCCUACCUUCCAGUAGAACACCAUGAGAGGGCUACAGGGAUGGAGGAGGAACAUGGGAUGAGGGAAGGGGAGGAAGGUAGUUGUAAGAGCGCAUUUGGGACCAGGUUCUGCUUAGUGGUUGUUGUGGGAUUUGUCCUACUCUUACUUGUGUACAUUAUACUGCACAGCAUGACCUGCAACUCAGAACAGUUCACCAUGAUAUCCUGUGGCUGAAAGACUUGAUGAUAAUAAUAAGCUAUUUGGGAUCUUUCUCUCACUCCCCAAAAUGACAGGACAUUGUCACAAUGCCAGCAUUCAGGCUAUUUCUUAACCAGGAAUAGUACUGCCAUACUGAGUAAGGAAAUGGUUGUCAUACUUUGUAUUUCGAAUGUGUUCAGAUAUAUUGAAGAUAUUUAUUUUUAUUUUUUCAAAUUAUUUCUCAUGUCUUUGUGCAAUAGACAGUUAAAAAAUUAAACCAAUCACCAUUAUGCUUCUCUGUUGUGAUUCACCAAGAAAAGCACAAAUCAGAUGUUAUUGUCACAUACACAUUGAGCAGAUGUUAUAUGUGUAGCGAAAGGCUUACUUGUGUUAAUUCAUAUGAAAAACAUAAAACGGACCCAUUUUUAGAGGUCUGUGAUUUGUAUUUGUUCAAGUCUUCCUUUUCACCUACAGAUGAUGCUAUGUGACAUUUUAAUCUUUAGGUCCCACACAAUCAAGGCUCUAAAUUAAUAUUUUUAAGCUGGAAGAACUGUCAGAAAAGCAAAAACCUUUUUGCCCAUCAAGACCUGAAUCCAGACAGCUGUCAAUACAGGGUUUGCUCUAAUCAUUUCAUCACUGGUUCACCAGCUGACCUCUAUCAAGACACCCAUGUCAACUGGAUUCCCACUGUGAAGAUGUGCAAGAUCAGAUAUGAAAGGAGACAUCCCUCAGUUAUACGAGAUGGUUGUCAUAUGCUGUGCUUUGGACAAUCUGAAUGAUUCUGUUGUGUCAGAUAUGUAGAGGGCACCUUCACCUUGUCGUCAUGACUAAACUGCCCCCUUAAACUGUGUGUGGUGUGUGUAAUUUGGAACUUGUAAAAGACUAUCGUUUGUAUUGUAAACAUACUGUACUUUAAUAAUAGGCUAUAUUGUCGUAUGGGUGAAAUGAAUGUAUUUUGCUAUCUCUGCUUUGCCUAGCCCCAUUGAAUAAAAAGCAUUUCUUAUA